GUCUCCAUCAGUAGCCAUUACCAUUUUGGCGGCAAAAUUCCUCCAUUUAUGCCCAAGCUUUGGAGCUUCCCAUUUGAAUUUCUUCUCGUCUUCUUCUUCUUCUUCUUCUUCUUCUUCUUCUUCAUUGGGUAAGAAGGUUUUUCAGGACGCAAAAGGGUAAUUUUGAUGGAAGGAAGUAAAGGCGAAGUGGUGUUCAAUUCACUCAAUCUGAAUCCACAGCUGUUCAUUAAUGAAGCUCUCAAUACUGUCGACGAUUUAGUUGAUGAUGCUUUCGAUUUCUAUCAAUCACAAGCGUCGGCUGCCUUGAAGACCGAGAGCUCGGAUAGAUCUCAGGAUCUUACCCUAGGAAUAUCGCAAGUCCGAGCGUUGGUCCAAUUGGGUCUGCAUAAGCGAUUGGCCAUGUGGGAAAAGUACUGCCUUAAUCACUGUUUUUCAGUGCCUGAAGGUUUUUCUUUACCCUCAGAUGAUGAAUCACCUGGUGUCACUUCAAUAAGUCAUGACCAUGACGUGGAUCUGGAUACAGAGCUUGAUCUUUUGAGAAAUAAGCUCUCCGAGGUCAGAAAAGAGAAUAUUGUAUUAAACCAAGAACUGCAAGCUUUGGAAAGGCAAACUGCUUCCAGUAACUCCCAAAUCAGUCAUUUCAACGAAGCAUUACAACUAUAUGAGCAAAGUUCUGUGAAUGACAUGUUCCAGGAAAUGAUCAGAACUGCAUCGGAGCUUCGUGUGAAAAUAGGAAAGCUGAAGAAAAGGACGGAGGAAACCAAGCUCGCUAUUGUAGAGAAGGUUCAUACAAAUGGAGACAUCUCUCACCAUCACAAGGGUUUCUCUAAUGCUAAGCUGGAUGAUAUUCAAGAAUUUUUAUCUGAUUUGAAGAAGAUUUGAAGUUAUUUCACCAUGACUUCAAUCUUACUGUAUAUCAUGCUUGCUUACGAAACUUGUCACUAUGAGUUCUUCAAUGUUUAAACUUUAUUUAGCAGUUGUGAGAUAUUCUAAACAAAAUUUGUAUUAUAUAUCAUUUUGGAUUGAUGACUAUCCUUGGUAAUCUUCUUUGAGAGUUUGCAGAUGAGCCAUGAGUAGUUGGCUCAAUCCUUCCUAUGGUUUGCAUUACA